AAAUCUAUAUCAAAAAUGAAGAUAAUUAAUCUCUUCCUACUUUCUAUCGUGUUUUUAAGCAUCACCACUCUGAUCAAUGGUGGAAUAACAAGCAAAUAUGUCCGGCAAGCUCAGCCGUCGAUCGAGAUGCCUCUCGAAACUUUCCCCGCUCCUAGUGGUCACAACGCUCCUGAACAGGUGCAUAUAACGCAGGGAGAUCAUGACGGACGUGCCAUGAUCAUCUCGUGGGUGACGCCGUUAAAUCUAGCUGGUACUAACGUCGUUACGUACUGGAUGGCCGGUAACGUCAGCGAUGUGACGCCGGCGAAGAAGAAGGCUCAUGGCUCCACGUCGUCUUAUAGAUUCUAUGACUACAGUUCCGGAUAUCUUCAUCACGCCACGAUCAAAGGACUUGAGUAUGAUACUAAGUACAUCUACGAGGUUGGUACCGAUCAAACCGUUAGACAGUUCAACUUCACAACUCCACCGAAGGUCGGACCCGAUGCUCCCUACACAUUCGGGAUUAUUGGUGAUCUUGGACAAACCUAUGCUUCUAACGAGACAUUGUACCAUUACAUGUCGAACCCUAAGGGUCAAGCAGUUCUCUUUGCCGGAGAUUUGUCUUACGCAGACGACCACCCGAACCAUGACCAGAGAAAGUGGGAUUCUUGGGGAAGAUUCGUGGAGCCGUGCGCUGCUUACCAGCCUUUUAUCUUUGCCGCCGGGAAUCACGAGAUUGAUUUCGUUCCCAGCAUCGGUGAGCCUCACGCUUUCAAGCCUUACACGCACCGUUACCCUAACGCCUACAAAGCCUCUGGGAGUAUAUCUCCUCUUUGGUACUCUGUCAGACGCGGCCCUGCUCACAUUAUCGUCCUCUCCUCUUACUCCGCCUACGGCAAAUACACACCCCAAUACGUGUGGCUCGACCAGGAGCUAAAGAAGGUGAACAGAGAGGAGACUCCAUGGUUGAUUGUCAUGGUUCAUUCCCCAUGGUAUAACAGCAACAACUACCAUUACAUGGAAGGAGAGAGCAUGAGGGUAAUGUUCGAGUCUUGGUUGGUUAACAGCAAGGUUGACUUGGUCUUGUCCGGUCACGUUCAUGCCUAUGAGAGAUCUGAACGUAUCUCUAACACCAACUACAAUAUCACCAACGGCUUGAGCACUCCUGUGAAAGAUACUAAUGCUCCAAUCUACAUCACAAUCGGAGAUGGAGGAAACAUUGAAGGAAUUGCAAACAGUUUUACCACCGAGCAACCGAGUUACUCGGCAUAUAGAGAGGCGAGUUUCGGUCAUGCAGUCUUGGAGAUUAAGAACAAGACUCAUGCGCUUUACACUUGGCAUAGGAACCAGGACAAUGAGCCUGUCGCAGCUGAUUCUAUCAUGUUGUAUAACAGAUAUUUCUUCGCCAAGGAGGAGACUGUUGCCGGCGACAUUAAAGUCUAA